UACGUCACAUUUUCCGGAUGACAAUAAAUGACGACAAACAAAAAAAAACCAUGGCAGGCGGAUUAACCGACACUGAGUUAGCUAAACUUCGAAACAGAUUUAAAAGAGAUGCAGAGCUUCUUUUACAGCCAGUUUCGGAAGAGGAAGAAAAGAGUAAAGAGAAAGCAGACUCCAAACCACUCCCUCGCUUUAAUCGACACUCCGUCUUCUGGAUUUUGGCUUCCAUCGGUUUGACCUACUACAUUGAUUUUUUCAGAGUCAUCCUGGAAAAUGAAGAUAUCAAAAGUUGGUGGUUUAAUGUGGGCCUGGUGCUGCUGGGUGUGUGUCUGAGCCUCGCCACAUUCUGCAUUGUGUAUCUGGAGUGGUUCAAAGGAAUUCAGCAUUAUGAUCAGGAAUACCCCGCGAUUCCACCAAUCACCACCGCCGCGUUCAUCGCAGCCUCCUUCAGUUUUAACAUUGCACUGUGGCCUGUGUGGUCCUUCUUCACUCCUGUGAUUCUCUUCACUCAGUUUAUGGGAGUAGUGAUGAUAAUCUCACUACUCGGAUAAAGGCGAGAAUAUGCACACACACAAUUCUAUUCCCAAUCUUGUGAAACAGCAGUGUUUUUGUAGACCAUUUGGCUUUCGCAGUGACGUCUUUGUGUGUCCGCAUAUCAGAUGUUAUUGUCAUUGUGCUGUAUGAACUGAGAAGACAUUUUCAGACACAUCGUGACGCAGAUCCCACUGCAGUGACGUUUCCUCUUUUAUAUUCCAUUUUUUUUUAUGUUUUAGAUUGUAUGUAACUUAUUUUAUAUGUACAUCUCCCCAUAAAUAUCUCAGUGUCAAAAAAAAAAAAAAAAAAAAGACACAUUAAUUUACUGACUUUUCACAUUAAAAAUCCAUUUCAAUCAUCUU